AUGAGCCCCUGUGCGCUUCUUGCCGACGCAAGGCACAUCGGAAUCCCACUACACAGUACACGCAGGUCAACGAAAGGGGCAAUAGUUGACGGUGGGCUGGCAGAUAUCAUCGAUUCGAAGACACAGGAGAUCAGAGCCGAAGAUGGCGAAGUCUAUACGAAAAUGGAGGAUCUGGCCGAUGAGCUUCCUGAAUCGUCCCCCCGCUUUAUACUCCUGAGCUAUCCAUUGACUCUGCCUUCCGGUCGCCUUACUGUUCCUUACGUCCUUCUCUACUAUCUUCCCGUGAACUGCAACCCGUCCAUGCGCAUGACGUAUGCAGGCGCCGUGGAGCUCAUGCGCAAUACGGCUGAAGUCAAUCGCGUGAUUGAAGUCCAGGAAGAAGACGACAUUCUGUCUAUCGAGGCGAAGCUCCAAGGUGCUGAUUGA